CCCUCCCGGGCCCGCCCCGCGCGCCGCCGGCCGUACGGGGUCCCGCCGCCCCCGCCCCCGCCGGGCCGCGCGCGGGGCAGGGCGGAGGCGCGGCGCUGACCGCCCCGAGCCGGCUCCGCUGCCGGCCGCCCCGCCGGCUCCGUGCCCGUGGCCCCAGAGGGGCUCCAGCGCCGGCGCGUCCGCCAGGGGCGAAGGCGGCGGCCCCCGGGACCAUGCUGUGAGCAGGCGGCAGGCGAAGUUGCGGUGGAAGAUGAACAACGCCGAAAUCACAAAGCCACCACUAGCACCGAAACCAAAAAUUAUCGGUCAUCUUUCUCCAGUAACUGUCUCCAAAUUUUCUCCUUCGCUGCCAAGGGCUGACAUUCUUCAUAACCCGAACUCUAUGUCUAGAGGUCCCAAACCACCUAUUGCUCCCAAGCCAAAACUCUCUGCUGACACUGAGGGCAAAUCCAGUGUUUAUACCAACAAUAACUUAAAUAAGUGCUCAAAUGGUAAAUUGAUCUUUCUUGAUGGAGAGCUGUAUGAAGGAAAUCAAUGCCAUGCUGAUUGCCCAGAAUCUGAGGCAGAUAAUGAAUACAUUGCAGUUCCUGAAGCUCAGCUGACCAGGAAAAACUGCAAUGACUUGGAACAUAAGCUUGAUCAGAGCUUAGAUUUCUCUGCAGAGAAUGAAGUCUUGGAAACUCCAGAAGAGACAGAGAAGGAACAGGACAACAUUGCUAAUGAUGAGGACACAAGCAAUCAAGAAGUUGAGCACUGUAACUCUUUGGAUAUUGCUGAACCAGUAGAACCAGACUCUGAAGCCUCAACUGUAGACUGUGGCCAGUCUGAGGCACUUUGUGAGGAGACCUCAGAUGCUCCUGAUGAGAAUUAUUGUUCUUCCAAGAAUGUAGAUGAAGAUGUUGUAGGUGAUUGCAGUGAAACCAAAAACAAGGAGGAAACUUCUAGCAGUCUUGAACUGGUUGCAGACUAUAGUGAGAUUGACAGUGAUAACAUUUUGAAUAGAGAUAAGGACCUAAUGGGUGAUACCUGUGAAGAUACCAUUCUGACGCCACCUCCCGCAGAUGAAUCAAUCCCAGGUUGUGAAAAAGCAGGGGAGGAUAAGGAGGAACUGCCUGAGAUUUUAGAAAAUGGAGAUGGAUGUCCAGCACAUGACAGUGAUCACAGUGUGUAUGCACAGCUUGAUUUGAAUAUGGAAGAGGGAUUCAAAAAUGAUGACAGUGCAAGUGUUGACAUGCUGCCCAAUGAGACCAGUGAGGAAACAGCUCUUGGCUUAGAACUGCGUGAAGGUGAACCCAGUGCUGAGAAUGGUUUGGGAGAUUCUACCCAUCAAGUAGCAGCUGAAGAGGAGAAAGCAGACACGGAUGAGUACAAUAAUACAAACACAGAAAGCGCCAGUGAUGGUUGCCAGAUCACUGAGAGAAGAGGUGAGGAGAUAUCAGAGGUAGCCUGUGAAGCAAGCAAAGACUCUGUGAAAGAGGAGGAAGAAGCUGUGAAAGCAGAAAACGUGGAUGAUGGCUGUCAAAUUGCUCCUUUUGAGAAUUACUAUGGUGAGGAAGUACCCACAGAACAUUCAGAUGAGAAUCUGCAAACAGAAGGGACCUCUCUGAAUGGAAAUGGUCAGAUUUAUGAUACUCUACCUAGUGGUCCAGGGAUGGAACCAGAGCUGGAAGAUACGCCUGUUGAAGAGCAUAGUGAAAGGGUUGCUGAAACCUCUAAGUCAGAUGAGCUGCAGCUUGAAGACAAUGAAGUGGAAGCAAAAAGCCUCAGCAAAAGUGUCUUAAGUUCAACUCAACAGGUUCCAUGUGAGGAAGAGUUAGAAGUCUGUAAGCAUGGUAAAAUGAAUGUAAAACAUGGGACCAAAAAUGUGUUGCAUGAAAAUCUAGCACUCCCUGAAGUAGUCAUUGUGCCUGAAGAAUCAGAGGAAAGAGAAACUAGCAGUGAUUCCCUAGAUGACCCAUAUGUACUUCCCGCAGAAAAUGAAAUCACUUGUGAGGGGCAGACUGAUUCAGGAGCUGAUCACAGUAAGAGGGGUGAAUUAGGUAUGGAUGGUGAAAACAACUUGCUGACCAUUGAUCGUAAAAGCAUUGUCACUAGAACACGGUCGCUCUCUGGGAAAAUGCCAGGCUAUGUGCCAGAAACAGUUCCAGAAGAAACUGGACCUGAAACUGAUUUACUGCCUUCCUGCAAUGGCUCUGGGACUGAAGAUGUAAGCAAUAGUUUAUUUUCAGUGGAAGGAAAAACAAUGGAAGCCAAUAGGGCGUUACCAACCAAGUCAAGACGUUUUAUUUUAUAUCCUCGGUCUUAUUCUGUUGAAGGGAGAGAGAUACCUGUCUCCAUUUACAAAGAAAGUGAUGGCUAUGUACUUGAUGAUGGUAGAAUAAAAAGGACAGAAGACAACUUGUCUUUGCCUUGUGUUAAUGGUUCCUCAGGUAGUUUUUCCCAGGGAAAUCUUUCGUCAGGUGUAUCUACUCCAUCCUCAGUUGUUGAUAUACCACCUCCUUUUGAACUUGCCUACAUCACCAAAAAGCCAAUCACUAAAAGUUCGCCUUCACUUUUGAUAGAGAAUGAGUCACCUGAUAAGUAUUCCAAGAAAAAGAAGUCUUCCUUUAAGAGGUUCCUCACUCUAAAAUUCAAGAAGAAGACGGAAAAUAAAGUCCAUGUAGAUGUUAAUGUUUCCUCUUCGAGGUCCUCAUCAGAAUCCAGCUAUCAUGGGCCUCUGAGGCUGCUGGAGCUGGACAGGAGAAGCCUAAGUAGCUCACCUCAACUAAAAUCACAUGUGGGGAAGCUCCGUGCAUCUGAGUCUCCCUCAGCUGUUCUUUUCUAUAAGGAUGGUAAGAGAAAAGGAACACCCAAGUCCUUCAGCAGGAGUGUGUCAAGGGUGGAGUCCUUUGAGGACCGGUCCAGACCUCCUUUCAUGCCACUUCCAUUAACAAAACCUAGAUCCAUUUCUUUUCCCAAUGCUGACACUUCUGACUAUGAGAACAUUCCAGCUAUGAGCUCUGAUUAUGAAAAUAUACAAAUUCCUCCUCGAAGAUCCACAAGAGCAGGAACUUUUACUGAGUUUUUCGAAGAUCCCAGCAGGGCAUUAUCUGCUGCUAAUGAGAAUGACGGCUAUGUGGAUAUGAGCAGCUUCACUGGCUUUGAGAACAAGCAGCAAACCACAGAGCAGGAAACAGAAAGUGCCUACACUGAACCUUACAAGGUGUGCCCGGUCUCAGUGAUACCCGUGGAGGUCAUCACAUCAGAUGAGGAACAAAAGAGUUCGGAAGAGGAGGAAAGCAGCCAGGGUGAUCCUAGCCUCAUCAACAAGAAGGAAGGCCAGUCCAGAGCUUACCUCAUUGCCCAGGAGCUGAUGUCUUCAGAAAAACUAUAUGUGGAGAUGCUCCAGCAGUUACAUAUGAAUUUAUAUGAAGGUAUCAUCAAAGUGCUUGGAGAAGAUGAACAGGAAGUGGUUGAACUCAAGCAGGGCUUAAGUGAACUCUCUGAGAUUUACGAAUUACACCAAGAGAUCCUGGGAGAGCUGGAAGAAAGAGUUCUUAAAUGGGAGGAACACCAGAAAGUUGCUGAUGUUUUUCUCUCCAGAAAAUCAAGGCUGAAUCACCACACAGCUUAUAUUAUACAGUUUGAUAGGAAUUUGGCUUUGCUAGAUGAAACUUGCCAUAAAUAUUCCCAACUGGCUACCAUCAUUCAGGAGUUUGAGAAGAGCUCUGGUGGAAGCCCACAGAGUGUGAAACACCAGCUUUUGAAAGUGGUGCAGCGUGUCUUCCAAUAUCGCGUUCUGCUCACAGAUUACUUGAAUAAUCUUUGUCCUGAUUCUACAGAGUAUGAAGCCACACAAGCUGCCUUGUUCAUUGUUUCUGAAAUCACAGACCGAGCCAACGAGAGCAUGCUCCAAGGGGAAAACCUGCAGAAGCUGGUACACAUUGAGUACAGUGUGAGGGGGCAGAGGGGCCUCCUCCAGCCAGGAAGGGUCUUUGUAAAAGAGGGAACAUUGAUGAAAGUCUCUGGGAAAAACAAGCACCCUCGGCAUUUGUUCUUGAUGAAUGAUGUUCUGCUGUACACAUAUCCCCAGAAGGAUGGCAAAUACCGACUGAAAAACACAUUGGCUGUGUCAGGCAUGAAGGUCAGCCGCCCUGUGACAGAAAAAGCCCAAAACGUCCUGAAGAUUGAAUAUGAUGAAUAUUGCCUGACACUGUCAGCAAGCUCUUGCUCGGAAAGGGAUGACUGGUACAGCUGCAUCAGCAGGCACAUCCCUGAUGACUACAAAGCUCACAAUACUUCCACCUUCCACAGUAACGUUGAGCUACGGGAGAAGCUUGGAAUAACCGUGGGUGAGAGGCCUCCUACUUUGGUACCUGUGUCCCAUGUCAUGAUGUGCAUGAACUGUGGCUGUGAUUUUACCCUCACUUUGAGGCGACAUCAUUGCCACGCCUGUGGGAAGAUUGUAUGUCGAAAUUGUUCAAGAAACAAGUACCCUCUGAAGUACCUCAAAGAUCAGGCAGCCAAAGUUUGUGACAGCUGCUAUAUGGAAUUGAAGAAAAGAGAGCGGCCACUAAGUGUGAGCUUCCCUCCAACUUCAUCCAGGUGUUCAAGCAGUGCCUUCUCUGUCUUCCACAAUAUCCAUUAUUCAUCUUUUAAGAAACAGAAGAAGAUCCCUUCAGCUCUUAUGGAGGUGGCAGCCUCGGGAGAGGGAGCUACCAUCAGUGGUUACCUCAGUAGAUGUAAGAGAGGCAAAAGACACUGGAAGAAACGCUGGUUUGUUAUCAAAGGCAAAGUCCUCUAUACUUACACAGCAAAUGAGGACAAAGUUGCCACAGAAAGUUUGCCUUUGUUGGGUUUUACUAUUGCCCCAGAAAAGGAGGAAGGAAGUACGGAUACAGUUUUCCAUCUCUACCACAAGCAGACUCUGUUUUAUAGCUUCCGAGCAGAGGAUAACAAUUCAGCACAGAGGUGGAUUGAAGCCAUGGAAGAAGCAUCCAUUUUAUAGCAGCAAUCACCCAAUGGACUUGGAAUAAAUUCUCAGAUUUCUAUACAUUCCCGACAACCUUUUAUAUGUCUCACAAAACUGAACAGUGUAUUUCAGGCAAACUGGUUACAUACACUGGAGAUAUGAACUGUUUCCAGAUUGCUCUCUUUACUUCCUUCCUCUUACAUCCACCUUUUUUUUUUUUCUCCAAAAGGAAACUUUAAAAUAGGGAAUAUUUAUGUUGAUCUUUAUGUCUGUGCAAGUUCAACCUGUGUUAUAAGCCUCUUCUGUGAUCUCACAGUAAGCUAAGUUUAACAUCAAGACCAAAAAAAAUGGAAAUACUGACUACAGUAAGCAACAGGGUCAAUUUUACUUACUGUAGAGCACUAUCAUAUUUCAUUCGGUUGGUUUUGGUGUCUAUCAUGAAAUGAGAAACAAUGUAGUAAAUGACAGAUGCUCAUUUAAAGCACUUUAUUAUUUUUAUUCAACUACAGCUUCACUAUUUCACGUUUCCAAGGAGUUUGGUGGACCAGUUCGUUACUCAUCCAUUAACAAGUGCCAGCAUGAAAUCAUGCCCUGCAUAUGCUAAAUUGUUUCCACAGAAAACGAAUAAACAAAAUCAUUCACCUGCUCUACCAAUACUGCACUAGAUAAUGAUCCAGGAUAAUUACUUACUAUCCUUUAUAAUUUUACACAAACCACUGUAUAAUUUAUUUUAAAGGAGCUAAUUUCAUACCACUAUAGUAUUUUGAAAUGCACUAUAGGAGCUCUACAAAUCUAGACACUGAAUAGUAUAAAGUCUCCCUAAAUACUGCAUCAGACUCAAACCCAAAGGAUAUUUUUAAUUUAUUAUAAACCUAUAGACUGUUUUUAUUUAACACUAGCCUACCUUGUAGUGUUAAGAUUUUUAUCAUCUAUUUAAAUACUCUAGCUUUUUUUUUCAAUCCUCCUGAUGUUUCUGCUGUUCUUAUGAAAAACGUCAUUAAAAGUUUAAUCCAUAUAACCAGCACACCAUUUGAAACAUGCUGGUGGGGUGAAACACACUUGUCUGUACCUGCUCUGUUAAGAGUGCUUUGAAACUCCUGUAAGUAAAUGUAUCUUACUCCACCUCCAGGGCUGGAUUCUCAGCAGCUAAGUGUCAGUAUGACUUCAGAGAUGUGCUGCUUUAUACCAGAUGAAGAUGUAGAAUUCUGGAGUGCUUUUUUUUGUUUGGUUGGUUUGUUUAAAUAAGGUUGAGAAGUGAUGUUAUAAUCAUUGCAAUAAAAUGGUUUUGUGUCCUAUAUUUGUCAUAAUACUUGACUGAGGAAUAGAAUGGCAUUUAUGAUUAAAAUAUAUCUUUGUAUGAAAAUAACACGCUCAAGAAUUUACUUACAUUACAAUACAUUGUGGGAAGGGGAGACUUUACUAUUUCAAGUUUUGCCUUUCUUCAGUAAGUUGCAUGGAUACCUAAUUUUUGAGUAAUGAACUGGCUAGAAUUUUCCGUAUUUUUAAAAGUCUGUAAUAUGUAUCCAAAUGAUAAAGAUAGUUCAAUUUAUCACCUGGAAAAACAAGCUUAAAAAAGCAAAUACAAGUCUACCACUAAAUAAAAAUAUAACUGUAUUGUUUUUAUUUUUUUUUAAAUACAUCUGAGUCUGAUAGUUUCAUAAAGCACAGAUUAUCAUAUGCAAACAGAAAACAAGUAUGAGAAAAGUAAAACUUUUGUAUUCUUUCAUUAAUGGAUGAACACCAAUGCUAACUCUUUUGUUUCAUGUUAAAACUAUGGCCUUGCUACCAAUAGACUGUAUUUUCCCCCUUAAAAACUUUUUGCACUGAGAAAAAAAUAAAAGAAUGUUAAAUACAGAGUAAGAUUUCUAACAAAAAUUUCUUUUCUCAAACAAAACAAAACUGCACUACAGAACAGUAUUAUGAAGAUUUAGGUGCUGACAUCUGACUGUAUGAAGUUUUCAGUGAUAAGCAGUAAAUGAAUACAUGAAAGUAUUUUGUUGUAAAAAGUAACAUACAGUGCUAUUAAACAUGUUUUAAGUAAUGUGGAAAAAUAAAAGGUCAAAAUAUAACUGCAGUUCUACAGGCUUUUCCUUUACAUUAUUUUCACUUCUUUAAUUCCAUCUUUGCACUUCCAGUUAGCGUUAGCACACACGAAUUAACUGAUUCUCUCACAAAAUAAGGAAGAAUAUCAAGUCAGAAGACAGCAGUUGAGGCCUUCUGGUGGAAACAGGAUUUAGACCUAAUUGCUAUGCUCAAGUAUUUUGGUCAACACUGCAUUUAACCACUACAGAGCCACCCCACCUGUCAACACUGCUUCAGUCACAGAUACAAAUGGUCUCACGAGUGGAAAAAAAAAAUAAAAUGCCCUCAUAAUUUCAGUCCUACUUGAUCUAAUUUGAGCAAAGCUAAGCACAAAAGACAGGAAUUAUCUCAAUUUCAGAGAUAAAACUUUCUAAAAGUGAUUACCAGACUAACAUGUUAAAUUGAGGUAUCUAGAUGGUUUACUGUAUGCAGUUCACUUAUAAGCAGCUCAGUAAAUUUUCUUCCUAACUCUUGGCUGUUAUUGUUCUCUCUCAAAAAAAAAUAAAAUAAAAUAAAUUUGUUCCACACCUUCAUAAAUGAUUAAAAAAAAAUCAGUAAUAAGGCACAAUAUACUAGCUAAUCAUUUGAUAAUUCAAAUGCAAACUGACCUUAUUUGUUGUUUCAGUUUUUUUAUUUUGCCACCGGUUGAAAAGCAUUAAAAUGAUUCACAGUUAUCUGCAACUAAUAUAUAGAUCUAUCUUACAGCACGUGCCUUUUUUAAAAUGUUUUUUAAACAGUUGUUAUAAUAAUUUUCCCAACUCAAAGUGUAAAUCAUGCAGCAGAGUUGAAGUGUACCAACAUGACAAGAUCCCAUGCCAUUGUAACCAAGCUCUGCUAGGUCUGGAGAGCCCUGGGGCUGCUACCCUUCCCGAGUUCAUUCUGAAUUGCUUUUAGGAUUGAAGAACAUCACGCAGCUAUGAAUACCAACCAGGCUUUUCUUGUUUGCGUACUGCUUUGAUACAAAAGCAACAAAGACCUCUGGCUGUAAACACUUUCAGUAAUAUGAAAGUAAAAGCACUGCCAAUAUUCAUCCAGGGGAAAAGGUAUUCCCUUGCUACUAUGUGAACCUCCUACGUGCAAGCCUUAAAUGUGACUUCAGACAUUACUUGGGAACAUAUCAAAUAAACCUCAGUGUAUUAAAAACAGUGUCAUCCGGAUUGAAGGAUAUUAUUAAGACAUCGAUUUUGAUCUAGUUUUAACAAGAAAAUCACUAGACUUCAGGGCAGGAUUACAGUCUCUUUCAGAGUGACCCAGUAAAACAAAAAAUAGAUUAAAAUAAAUAGAUUUUUCCUAAAACUGCUGUUUCACAAAUAUUCUGAAAGUCUUCCUUUUCCAUAGAAUAAAACAAACACCAGGAAACCUAUGAAGUUACCAUGAAACAACAACAACAUUGUCAUUCUUUGCCAUGUUUCUUUUUAUUAUUAUUACUAAUUGACAAGGAUCUUACAUUCUUUUGGUUAUUUUAAUAGUUGUUGAUUUUCUUUUUCCAGAGAAGUGUUGCUUUGGAAAGGCAUGGAAUACAGUUUAAAUAAACAUUCAGAUUUUUUUCAUCUUUUUACUUGCAAUAAUACAUUCUUGUGUCGUUUUGCUCACUCCUCUUUCAGUUAAAAGAAACUAGAAGGACAGUUUAGUAUUUGUCUGUAUUUUCAUUUCAUAUACUAUACGCCACAUUAUUAACUGUAGUACUUGGCAGCAGACAAAUUUGAUCUUAAAGAACACCAGAGGAAGUGGAAUUACUUUAUAUCAACAAUGACAGCCCUUAUUAAACAGAUACAAAUAUUUCAUACUGAAAGCUCACUUUAAGUGAAUUUUAGGGCAGGGUUAGGAUUUUGCACUGCUCUUGCCUUUCACAAACCUCAAUAUACAGCAGUUGCAUAUUUUUCUUAAAGCUACUUUUUACAAAUACUAUGUUCACAAAUGAAAAUAAAAUUUAAUAUAUGAAAUUAAAUAAUAAAAUGAAAAACUUUCUAGAUUAUUCUCUGCAAAAUUUCAUUUUAAGUUACAGCCACUACAUGAUAAACACCAAUGAUUUCUGAGAACAAAAAAAUUAAUUUCCUAUAAACAGGAAUUCACUUCAAAUGCUACACUGUGGUAUCAGGUACAUGAUACUUUCCAUGUUUCUGCACACCAUCUAGAAUAUUUUUGCCUUUCUUCUGAUGUCUCCAAACCCAGAUGCAGCAUGCUGGCAAGCCUAACAGCUGCAGUCAGUGUGGGACUUAACUGCUAAGCAAGAUCUUAAAAAAAAAAAUAAAAUAAAAAAGUAAAAAAAUCAUCGGACCAUUAA